CUCCAAAUCCCUUCAAAGAAGUGUUGCUACAUCUGCGCAACGAGUCUCGACUCCAACAACCCCAUUUGCCCCUUGUAUCAUCGACGCCGUCUGCUCGUUGUCGAAGCAUCGACAGGACCUCUGACGACGACCCCUCAAUCGGCUUCAUUGCCUCUAUCCUAUGCCGAGGCCGCUGUCAUUAAUGUCUGGCAAUUUUGAUAGUCCGCCUGCGUCCGACUCCUACCGUGAAACCGCCGAUCGAAUCGUCCGCGAGAUCCUCGACAAUACCCAGUCGCCCGAUGAUAUUAGUCCUUCUGGCGAAUUAUACAGGGCGAUAGAGCGUUUCCACAGAAGAAGGGGAGGGGCAAAUUAUUUAAGGAUGGCUUCAGAUCGAGAGCAAGAGCAGCGUCGUCAGGAAUCGCGGAGAGAUGAAUCCUCGCCACUGUUCGUGUUACCGCCACAACCUCCUCCAAACGAAUCGUCGCCCAGGGAGAGAGCCAUUUCGCGACUUGCUGGAAUGACUGCUCGUCGUGGAAGACCUCGAAUGCCGCCAAGCGAUAGAUGGAUGGAGAGGGCUAGAGCUGUUCUUGGGGAGAGUAACAAUGGCCUCGCUGAUUUACAGCAUGCCGGAAGACAACUAGAGCAGGCCAGCUCCAGCCUAAGAGCUCUGCUAGACGACCCAGUCCCAAAUAUCUCAUCCCCCAUUCUCGAACCAGCAGAAUAUUCCGGCGAGGCUGAACAAAACCGACGGACUAAGCGAAGGAAGCUCGAUUCCGACAAGUUGGACUCUACCUUUGCAGGCUUCAGUUACGGCAAAUACGGCCAAGUCGAACCAGGGAAGCUAAAGAUGGAGAUUGUUAGCUGUGAUGGAGGUAUAUUCCAGGACCACGGUGGAAAUUAUGCAAAUUAUUCGGCGGAAAAUGUUCUGAAGAGCGAUUCUUCGGUAUAUUGUACAAAGAGUAAUCGAUGCAAUCUCGUUCUGCGACAUCAAGGAGCUACAGUGUUUUCACUUAAGGAGUUGAUCAUCAAAGCGCCUCACUCUGGUUAUACUGCUCCUGUUCAAGAAGGAAUGGUGUUCAUUUCAAUGACAUCAGAUGAUCUAUUAGCCAGAACAGCUCAAUAUCAAAUCCAGUAUUCCCCGCCUCGACCCCGAAGAUCACCCUCUCAACGGUCCAACGAACUUCCACCCAUAGUAUCAAUUCGGCACAACGAUGAUGGAUCCAUGACAGCAGCCCAAGUUCGUGCUCGACGACUUUAUGACAUUGGCCUGCAAGAUGAAGACUGUGAUUACCGCACCGCACAAAUACCCUCCGAUUUCACCGAAAACGCACCCCCUUUCCAAGUAACUACCGAAUGCAGCGACUCCGAGAACGAUGAACCAUCCGCCUCUCGCCGUCGAUCCCUACAUCGUGUUAUGGGCCUUCGAUUCGAAGAUUCGGACAGUAGUGGCGAGGAAGAUAGCAACGAGCAUACCGGUCCCUGGCAUGACGACUAUCUCUUGGGCAUUGGUCGAAGUCGUUUACGACGUCGCGAGACAGCGAGUAAUAUCACAUUAGCAGAAGCCGCUGAGGCAUCACAAAUCGCUACACAAGAGGCAGUGAGAGCUGUUGGCGGCGAGUUGAUGGCUCCGCAUGCGAGAUUCUUCAUCGAGAGAGACAAGAGCAAGUGUACUGUAAAAUUCGACCCACCUGUCAGCGGACGCUUUAUCUUGCUGAAGAUGUGGAGCCCGCAUCAUAGCGCUUCGAGCAAUAUCGAUAUCCAGAGUGUAGUGGCGAAGGGGUAUGCGGGGCCGAGGUAUUUCCCUGCUGUCCAGAUGAGGUGAUGGAAGGUUGAAGCUAGGUACGAAAUUGCCCUCUUGGAAUGAGAGCGGGGGAGGGAGGGAUGUUAUGGUUUUUGUAACCAAUGAGCAUUAGAUACCUCGUCUAAUAGAAACGCGGUGAUUACAGCUAACUCUUAGCGGAGUGUGUUCCAGAUUUUUCCUCGGGCCAAUAUUAAUUUCCCGGUUGCACCUCAAGCGAGUAGCUCCGUCGACUUUCCCGUGAUGCAGUGGCUUUCUCUUUGUGAAAAAGAUUCCUAAGAAUAGCAGAUUAACGAGCCCUCCCAUUGAGCCUGCCUAAGCAUACUCCGAACGUGCUGCUUUCCUUUGUCCUCUUGUUCCUAGGAUGAGACAUUC